AUGGAAUCAAAAGAGCCUGUCUAUGGUGGAUGCGAAGGGCCGGAUGCAAUGUAUGUGAAGCUGAUCAGUAGUGACGGGCAUGAAUUCAUCAUCAAAAAGGAUCUUGCACUGACAUCAGGCACAAUCAAAGCUAUGCUUUCGGGACCUGGCACAUAUGCCGAGAAUGAAUCCAACGAAGUGAACUUCAGAGAAAUACCGUCCCACGUGCUACAGAAAGUAUGCCAGUAUUUUGCCUAUAAAGUACGCUAUACGAAUAGUGCCACCGAGAUACCCGAAUUCAAUAUUGCUCCGGAGGUGGCCCUGGAACUUCUGAUGGCUGCCAAUUUCCUCGACUGCUAA